CCCAUCCACGGGGCCACUCCCACCAUUCCCACCCCUCUCCCACCUUUCCCAGCCUCCCGCCCUCAUCCCUCUCCGGAGGAGCUCCGGGUUCUCCUCGGGAACGUCCAACGCCUCAACGAGACCUUCCGGGACCUUCAGCUCCAACUCCUGCUGCUCCCGGCCCGGGGGGAAAUCCUGGAUCACGUCUGGAGGCUCCAGGAUCUCCUCCAGAACCACUCGGAUUCCCUGCUCCGGGCGGGAGCGACGCUCCAGAGGCUCCAGGAACUCCUGGAGCUGCUCCAGAGCCGGGCGGGACAGACGGACGUGGCCGUGGCCGCUCUCCGGGAUUCCCUGAGCCGGCAGGGAGACGCUUCCCAGCAGGAAUUCUCCCGGCUUUCCGUGGCCGGCAACGGCUCCCGGCUGCUCCUGGAGCAUCAUUCCCAACUCCUGGAACGCCUGGGAGGGAGGACGGAGGCCUUGGGAGAGCAGCUGGAUCUCCUGGGCGGAUCCGUGGAUUCCAUGAACAGGAGCUUCUCCUACGAGCUGGAAUUGCAGCGUUCCCGGCUCCGGGAUCUGGGCGGGAUCGUCGGGAAUGUGACGGAGGAGGCGAGGAGGGCGAGGAGGGGGCGGGAGGAGCUGGAGGGGAGGCUGAGGCUGGAGCUGGGAAUGCUGAGCAACGUCACCGAGGAGCUGCGGAUCCGGCACUGGGAGCACGCGGUGGCCCUGAGGAACAUCUCCGUCAUCCGAGGUGAGCCGGGAAUGCGGCGGGAAUGGGGCGGGAAUGGG